AUGGGGCUGGUCUCGACUCUUUUCACUGCGGCGACGCUCGCCAGCUCGGCUUCCGCCCUGGCCAUCCGUGCCACACCCACCGUCGAGGGUUUCGCUACCGGUGUGACGGGUGGUGCCGGCGGUUCCACCGUCACUCCCACCACGGCCGAGGAGCUGGUCUCCUACCUGGAGGAUGACCAGGCUCGCGUCGUCUACGUCAACCAGCACUUUGACCUGCGAAACUAUGACGGCACCACCAGCGGCUCCGGCUGCGCUCCUUGGGGCACCGACACCGGCUGCCAGCUCGCCAUCAACAAGGACGAUUGGUGCACAAACUACCAGCCUGACGCCCCCACCGUCAGCUCCAUCACCUACUAUGAGGCCGGUCUCAACCCCAUCGAGGUUGCUUCCGACAAGUCCAUCAUAGGUGUCGGGAGCUCCGGUAUCAUCGAGGGCAAGGGCCUCCGCUUGGCCAACGGAGUCAAGAACGUCAUCAUCCAGAACAUUCACGUCACCAACCUCAACCCCCAAUACGUUUGGGGCGGUGAUGCCAUCACCCUGGCCGGGACCGACCUGGUCUGGAUUGACCACGUCAAGACCUCUCUCAUCGGCCGUCAGCAUCUUGUCUUUGGCGAGUCUGCCUCUGGCCGCGUGACUGUCUCCAACUGCGAGUUUGACGGUGUCACCUCGUGGUCUGCCACCUGCGACGGCCGCCACUACUGGACCAACUACUUCACUGGCUCCGAUGAUCAGAUCACCUUCAAGAAUAACUACAUCCACGACGUCUCCGGACGUGCACCCAAGGUCGGUGGAAACACCGUCCUCCAUGCUGUCAACAACUACUGGUACAAUGCCGCCCACGGCUUCGAGAUCGGUUCGGGUGGCUACGUCCUUGUUGAAGGCAGCGUCUUCCAGAACGUCGAUGCCCCGGAGGACACCGGUUCCACCCGAGCUGGUGAGCUCUACAGCGUUGUCGGCGCCUCCGCUGCCUCUGCCUGCUCGAGCAACUUGGGCCGCAGCUGCCAGGCAAAUGCCUUUGGAAGCUCUGGCACUCUCGAUGGCGAGGAUAGCGGUGUUCUGUCCAAGUUCUCUGGCCUGAGCAACAUCGCCUCUGCUUCGACUGCCGAGGUGGCCAAGGAUGUUGUGAACACUGCUGGAUUUGGAAAGAUCUAG